UUGGUCCCCUCUUUGGAUGGUAUACUGUAUGCCACAUCUUACAGCCUGUAUCCCAUACUUUACAUACAACAAGUCGUGUAAUUACGGCUACGUUCGUUUGUUUCCGUACAGCUGGUGCACGUACAGCAAGCUGCACAGUGGACACAAGUUUCGCUGGUCUGACUAUCGAUGUAGUUCGAUAUCUUCUCUACGAACAUGGCAGGGAACCUUGGUUUGUGAUAACUUAAGAAGCAAACGAAAAAAGUAGAAUAGCUUUUAUGAGGACUAAAUUAGCCUUUGAACAAGUUUAAACAGUUACCCAAUCAAGGAUAUUUAACGAGCUUUCCACCAGGAACACUUGGAAGAUUCUCAAUACGACGUGCUCAGAGUCACUGAAGUGCCUGCCCUGCACCUGUCAUUCCUAGACCGUACCAGUGUAAAUCAGAACCCUACUUUGGUUCAGCUCUUACCUGCAAGUCUCGGGUCUUUCCAAAGAGCAUGUUGCCAAUGCCGUCUCUCUGCUCCAUUGUCUGGUUACACCGAGGGAUCAAGCUAAAGAAAGUGCUUUAUUUCUCAAACACAGGCCAGGUCUGAGUUUCAACCAUUCACACCAACAGUUCAGUCACGCUUCUUAGUUUUAGUUGAAAAUUCCUGAAUAGUGUUGCCAUCACAAUUAACAUCCUCAACACUCUGGCACUUCACUGCCCUGGUCAGUGUGUAUCAUAGUUGGAAAUCUUUGCACAUGGCUGUAGAGGGCUUCCAAUUCAUAGCAAUUUAUGUCUAUAACAAAGACUGGGACGAGGACCUUGACCUCCAGCCAGGGGACAUACUGACCGUCAGCAAGACGUCACUGACAUCUCUUGGGCUCAAGGAUGGGGACGAGGAGCACCCGGAUUGCCUGGGAUGGAUGGUGGGAGUCAACAAGCGCACUAAGCAGAGGGGAGACUUCCCUGGGACGUAUGUCCAGUAUGUGGGGCCUGUGAAGAUGUAUGUGGUGCCCAACCAGCCUCUGCAGCAGAGACCCCUCCCAGCAGCCCCCAGGCCUCAGCCUCCCCCAGCACAUCAAGGGACUUCAGCUCAAGAGUUUGUCCAGCCUUUUCCACCCCCAGAAAAUGCCCUCCCCACUUUGGUGAAGUUGAUAGAGGCCAUUGAGAAAAAAGGUUUGGAGUGCGAGACGCUGUACAGGAAGUCUGGCUCCUUGGCUGCUGGCGGUCAUAGACAGAGCCUGAUUUUUGAGCUCUCGGAGCCUGAGAUGGGCCAGUACGACGUCCAGGCGCUCUCAGAGGCCCUGAUGGGAUUCCUGCAGGACUUGCCCUCCCCCAUCAUCCCAGAGUGUGUCUAUCCCAGCCUGAAGAUUGCCCUGCAAGAGGAAGCAGAGCUGUCUGUCGAGGAGACAGGCAAGCGUUUACUGAAGGCACUGGAGCCCCCGGCCGUGCCCCUGCCAGGCCUGCUCACCCUGCAGUACCUACUCAGACACUUGGACCGAGUGGGCCAGAGCUCGCCCCACAAUGGCCUGGACCCUCACACCCUCGCACUCCUCUUCAGCCCUCUGCUGCUCCCCGCUGGGUCAGAAGAAGAUUGUCAGGUUUCUGCCCAGGUGCUGGAGAGACUGCUGGUGGUGAGGGCCUGGGAGCUGGAAGAAAUGCCACCAGCCCUACCUCCCAAACCUUCCAAAACCAAAGCCAUGACAUCCUCUGUGAUCAAUGGAGACGGCAGCAAGAUGGCCGAUGCAGAGUGGUACUGGGGAGACAUUUCCAGAGAGGAGGUGAAUGAGAAGAUGAGAGACAUGCCGGAUGGGACUUUCUUGGUCCGAGACGCCUCAAGCAAGGUGCAAGGAGAAUACACAUUGACUCUCAGAAAAGGAGGAAACAACAAGCUGAUCAAGAUCUUCCACCGAGGCGGCAGGUACGGAUUCUCUGAGCCGCUGACGUUUUCCUCUGUGGUGGAGCUCAUCCUGCAUUAUCACCAGGAGUCACUGGCCCAGUACAACCCCAAGCUGGACUCGCGGCUACUGUACCCCAUCUCCAAAUAUCAGCAGGACCAGGUGGUGAAAGAGGACAACGUGGAAGCAGUAGGAGAGCAACUGAAGCUGUACCAUGAACAGUACCAGGAGAAGAGCCGGGAAUAUGACGUCUUGUAUGAAGAGUACACUCGCACCUCUCAGGAGUUACAGAUGAAGCACACGGCCAUCGAGGCCUUCACCGAGACCAUCAAUAUCUUUGAGGAGCAGUGCGAGACCCAAGAGCGCUACAGCAAAGAGUACAUUGACAAGUUCCACAGGGAGGGCAACAGCCAAGAGAUUGAGAGAAUCCAAAGUAAUUCAGAUAAGCUGAAGUCUCGUGUGACUGAGAUCCAUGACAGCAAGCGGAAGCUGGAGCAGGACCUGAAGGAGCAGGCGACGGACAACCGAGAGAUCGACAAGAAGAUGAACAGUCUGAAACCAGACCUCAUGCAGCUGAGGAAGAUCAGAGACCAGUACCUGGUGUGGCUCAAUCAGAAGGGCACCAGACAGAAGAAGAUUAACGAGUGGCUUGGGAUCAAGAACGAUGUGGAAGACCUAUAUUCUCUGGUGGAUGAGAUGGAUGACCUGCCACACCAUGACGAGCGCACCUGGUACGUGGGCGACAUCAAGCGAGGCCAGGCCGAAGAGCUGCUAAGGGGCAGGGGUGACGGCACCUUCCUGAUCCGAGACAGCCAGUCCCAGAAGGGCUCAUAUGCCUGCUCUGUAGCCGUGGACGGGGACGUCAAGCACUGUGUGAUAUUCAAGACCUCCACGGGCUACGGUUUCGCCGAGCCUUACAACCUGUACAGCUCCCUGAGAGAGCUGAUUCUCCACUACAGACACACUUCCCUGGUCCAGCACAACGACUCGCUGAAUGUAACUCUGGCAAUUCCUGUCCUAACCCAGCAGCAACCUAGAUGAGACGCACCGUCUCCCGGACAAGGCCCGGCACAGAGCAAAAACACACACAGAACUGAGACCACACACCCUCACUUUUCCCAACAAAAAAGCAAACAACUUUCUGAGUGUUGGGUUUGAUAGGAGUGGAAGUGGCAGAUAUAAUGACUGACUGGGUUUUGACUUUGAAGAGACCCUGUAAAUGUUAUAUUUUUGUUAAAUCUUUACAACACUACACAGUUUUAGGAUAAAAAUAUGUUGACUAUUUUAAAGUAACUGCUGUAGAUUCCAUUUUCCCUUUCAAUGGAGGGAAUUACUUUUUAAAUCGACUUGUUAAGGGUGCCAUUUUGGGGGGGUAGUAACUUUUUUCAACAGUUAAAGAGGCGUAAGGGUUGGACAUGGAGAACAAAAAUACCUAACAGACUUUCUGUUUUCAUCAAGCGUUGCUGACAUGGCUGGAUGAUUGGGAGAUGUGGUAAAAGGCUUAACUUGUAGUGUUUUGUUGCAAGUUCAUAUUAAUACACAUUUUCUCCCACAGCGCUAUGGGAUGCAUACAAAGAAAGCAUUCUCUAUUCUGUGGACUCAUUGCUAUGUGCCCUGUCACAUAAAGCAGAACAUGUCUAGAAGACUAAAUUCAGUACCAAUGUGUUAAUCAAAAAGAUUAAUUAGUCUUUUUCUGAAAGCUUUUUUUUUGUUGCAAUCUAUGUAAGACUGUUUAAAAUAGUUUUGAGGUUGAUGAUAUUAGAUGCUGGCAUGGCCCCUGGUGUAACUUGAGGACACUGAUUGCUGUGACAGACAGUGACAUGUAAUGUGAACUGGAGUUGCAGUCCUUGAUGGUGGAACACUUGGUGGUGAAAGUGCCUUCUCUUCUAAUCCUCGGUCUUCCAUUCUCGCUCUGUUGAUCAGAGUCAGUGUGGAUGCCUUGCCCCAAUCAGAUGCCAAGUGUUUUGUACAGCACUGUGUAUGAAACUAGAAAUCUGAAAUAGACCUGGCUAUUGAUUGCCUUGGAGCAGGGAUGGGUAACUCCCUCAGACUUUUACCUGGGACUACUGCCACUGACUGCUCAGAGUGCACACAUCUGGUUUCCCAGGUUAGGGUCAGGGCUCAGUGCACACAUCUGGUUUCCCAGGUUAGGGUCAGGGCUCAGUGCACACAUCUGGUUUCCCAGGUUAGGGUCAGGGCUCAGUGCACACAUCUGGUUUCCCAGGUUAGGGUCAGGGCUCAGUGCACACAUCUGGUUUCCCAGGUUAGGGUCAGGGCUCAGUGUACACAUUUGGUUUCCCAGGUCUCAAUCAGUUUCUGACUUAAAGGAAUGAUUGAAAGCCAGCAGACACUCUUGAGGACUGAAGUUGCCCACCCCUGCAUUACUGUGUGUAUGAUGGCGGUGUUGGAUUUGUGCAUGGUGUAAAUGGAUUUCCAUUCAUAUUUUAUAGUUGUGGAUAGAUAGUAGAUCUUAUGGGGGUUGUGUACCAGAUAUAAGAAGCAUGGUCUUUUCACUACAUUUUGACAUUGGGUAUGCGUAUGCAUCACAUUGGGUAUGCAUCACAUUGGAUAUGCAGUAUGCAUCACAUUGGAUAUGCAGUAUUUGAUCUUUAUUUAACUAGGCAAGUCAGUUAAGAACAAAUUCUUAUUUUCAAUGACGGCCUAGGAACAGUGGGUUAACUGCCUGUUCAGGGGCAGAACGACAGAUUUGUACCUUGUCAGCUCUGGGGUUUGAACUUGCGACCUUCCGAUUACUAGUCCAACGCUCUAACCACUAGGCUACCCUGCCGCAUCAAUGCAUCACAUUGGGUAUGCAGUAUGCAUCACAUUGGGUAUGCAGUAUGCAUCACAUUGGGUAUGCAGUAUGCAUCACAUUGGAUAUGCAGUAUGCAUUACAUUGGAUAUGCAGUAUGCAUCACAUUGGGUAUGCAGUAUGCAUCACAUUGGAUAUGCAGUAUGCAUCACAUUGGAUAUGCAGUAUGCAUUACAUUGGGUAUGCAGUAUGCAUCACAUUGGGUAUGCAGUAUGCAUCACAUUGGGUAUGCAGUAUGCAUCACAUUGGGUAUGCAGUAUGCAUCACAUUGGAUAUGCAGUAUGCAUCACAUUGGAUAUGCAGUAUGCAUCACAUUGGGUAUGCAGUAUGCAUCACAUUGGAUAUGCAGUAUGCAUCACAUUGGAUAUGCAGUAUGCAUUACAUUGGGUAUGCAGUAUGCAUCACAUUGGGUAUGCAGUAUGCAUCACAUUGGGUAUGCAGUAUGCAGUCUCUCAUUAAGGUAAUGGUAGCGUAAUUCCACAAUUUACUUAAUCGGACUAUACCUGCCACACUUUGUGAAUGAGCUUCUUUCCCAGGAAACAAGUUGUACUGUAAUGCUAACAUAUACACCAGAUAUUCUAGGUAGACUUGAAACACUACUUUGACAAACUGAUUAGUACUAUGCAGCGAGUUAGACAUACAACUUCACGAUGCCUCAUCAACAUUGAUUUUGAUUCAAGUAAAAUCACUGAAUGAGUGAUAACCUUUACACUUGUCAUGUAUUAAUCAGACGUUGGUGCAUUUUAUUGCUCACUUUUAGGAGUGGUUAGAUUGCCGUUCAUGUUGGGAUUGGUGUAAAUCAACCUUUUAUAGCUGACAACAAUGUUGAUGUUAAUCUGGUUAACCUGUUCUUAUGUUUGUCUGGUAGUUAGGUGAAAAGUGUCUCCUUGGAGAGCGAUGACAAUAAUAGUCUGGACUAUUUACUAGAGUCCUGCUCAGUUCGACUGUCCUUCAGGUCAACGGAUCUUUGAAAACUGGGACUAUCUAGUUGAUUUGUUUUGGCAAGAGAGAGUGCUGUAUAAAAAAGAGAGUAAAAAAUAUGUUUCUGGUUUGUUUUCAAAUUGCACACGGUGGCUCUGCAUGCAGUAUAAGACUACGUAUGCCCUCCACUGACAUGACCACAGCCAGGUUAAGACUAGCUAAAGAUUGUACACCAGAUAAUGUGAUAUAACCAAAGAGUGUUGGUGUCCAUUACUGAGUGUUACUCAAAAGAACCACACAAACCGCCGCCAUAGAUUUUUCAACUAACCUGUUCUUGGGGAUUACUUUCUUCAUUCUCGAUUCGUUUAAAAAAGUAUCUUAGUCUGUUUCCAGUUGCAGUUGGUUCUACAAAAACAAUAAAUUGAGAAAGAUAUCAAUGUUUAAGUGAGAUAUGCCUUGUGGUGUGCUUAGACCUUUGUUUGUCACCUACUUAUACGUGUGGCCGUGUGGCUGCAAUAAUGCUGGGAAUGCUAGAUCUGUGGCAGCUAAGAUGUCGAGAUACCUCCUCAUGCUGUACAAUACUUGGAUGUAAUAUUUUUUAGUUUUUGCUGUUUUUUGUAGAACCACCUGUAACUGGAACCUGACAUUUUUCAGAUACUUUCGUUAUUCUCGAUUCUCUGAAAAAAGUAUUGCCAAUAACAGGUUAGUUGAAAAAUCUAUGGCGGCGGUUUGUAUGGGGCCUUCCUCUAACGCCCAGUAACGCCCAGACACCAACAUUCUUUGGUUAUAUCACAUUCUCUGGCAUACAAUCUGUAGCUAGGUCUAGACAGUCUGUUCUCAGUGACAUUGUUUCCCCUGGCCUUUUCUGUGGACUUGGGCUCCCGAGUGGCUCAGCGGUCUAAGGCACUGCAUCUCCGUGCCAGAGGCGUCACUACAGACCCUGGUUCGAUUCCAGGCUGUAUCACAACCGGCCGUGAUUGGGAGUCCCAUAGGGCGGCCGACAAUUGGCCCAGCGUCGUCCGGGGUAGGGUUUGGCCGGGGUAGGCAGUCACUGUAAAUAAGAAUUUGUUCUUAACUGACUUGCCUAGUUAAAUAAAAUAAAAUAAAUUAUAUUGGAGGUCGACAAAAGCUGUGCUUGAUUUCUGUCUCAGACCGCUAUGACGGUGCAACGUAAAACGACACAUUUCCUCAGCUUGUGAGAAAGCCUGUGAGUGGGUACAAAUUUGAGGCUUGAGUAGGGAUGUCGCUGUGCCAAUGUUAAAAUCUGCUACUGUAAAUGCACUACAAAGACAUGAAUAGGGAACUCAUGUUUCAGGAGUUUUAUUAUAAUUUGACUUGAACAGGUUCAUUAAUUUACAAUAACUGGUCAGAAACACUCAUAGUGGACAUCUCAUUUUAAGACAAGGACGGCAUCAUUGGUGGCUCUUAAUGGGCUGUUUGAAAGUGGCUUUUAUGAAACCUGUUUGUGUUUUGUUAUUUGAGCAGAUUUAAUUGAAUAAGCUAGUGUGAAUACUUUUGGUGAUAUUCUUUACAUUUAUAUUUCAUGCUUAUUUAGAGAUUUAAUUUCUCUAAAUAACCAAAUAGAUUGAAAAGACUGAAAAGGCUGUUUACACAGGCAGCCCAAUUAUUUAUUUCACUAAUUGGUCUUUUGACCAAUCAGAUCAGCUCUGUGAAAAUAUCUGAUGUGAUUGGUCAAAAAAAACUAAUGGCAAAAAUAUCAACAAUUGGCUGCCUGUGUGGAAGCAGUGAACUUUUUUAGAUUUUGUUAUCGAGAAUGAAACUGUCGUAGUAUUUGUUGUAUGUUGACUUUCAAUAGUUGAAGACUGCUUGGUUUUUAGCUUUUGUAUUUGUGAAACUGUGCUGAAAAGUCUGUUAGAUACUGCUAUUUGAUACACAUAGUAUGUGUAUAAUACUUGGCUGGAGUUCAGUAAUUUGAAAUGUAGAAACCCCCCCCCAAAACAUUGCUAAUGAACAGCAAAAUGCACUUUUAAAUUGACAAAAUUCUGUACAAUUAUUGCAUUACCUAAUGAAAAUAUUGGCUGCACUCCAUAUUAUGUAUUUGUCAGACUGGUAGUUUUGUAUGGUACUAAUGAUAAACUUUAAUAAAAUUGUUAAUUUUUAA